GAGGGGUUCUCUGACGAAGCAGCUCAGAGUCUUUGCUGUUAAGACACCCGGAGAGUAACGAGACCAGUAGAACAUUCAUCUCCCCAUCAGACCUGACCGGCCCUGAAGAACCAUGUAGGGUCCUGGAGAUCCAGUCUGAGGAAGUGAUCCAGACUCAACUAAAGACCACCGUCCACUCCUCUAACGCGGUUCAGUUGGAUUAACAGAAGAGCGUGUGGAUUAUCUACCAAAACAACAGCAGCUGAAGGGUCUUCAUUGGAUCAGGAGGUCUGGAGAAUUCAUGAGGACCUUCUGGAUUUCUGUGGCUCAGAUCUGGAGACAUGGACGGGCGGUGGAGGGACGGCGUGCCUCUGUCCAUGCAACCGUUCACAUGGCAACCAUCCAAAGAUGGAGAGCGUCUAAUUGGUCGAAUUCUACUGAAUAAGAGGAUGCAUGACGGGACGGUUCCUGCUGAUGUAGCAUCCCUGCUGGGCCUCAAGGUGGUCGGGGGGAAGAUGACGGAGUCUGGUCGUCUCUGUGCGUUCAUCACAAAGGUGAAGAGAGGGAGUCUGGCUGACACAGUGGGACACCUGAGGCCAGGUGACCAGGUUCUGGAGUGGAAUGGUCGGGUUCUCCAGGGAGCCACGUUUAAUGAGGUCUACAACAUUAUCCUGGACUCCAAAGCAGAACCGCAGGUGGAGCUGCUGGUGUCCCGACCUGGCUCCGUCCAGCUGGAGUCCAGUUCCGGUGCCUUUGACUCUCAGAAAAUCGGGCUGCCCAUUUCCGUCACAUCUCCCAUGAGUCACAGCGUUCUCUCCGGGCAGGUGAAUAGCGGUAUCAGGCGUCCUCUGGUUCCCAGAAUUCAGGUGAAGCUGUGGUACGAUAAAGUGGGCAGUCAGCUCAUCGUCACGGUCCUUGGAGCCAAAGCACUUCCUGUCACAGACGAUGGCCGACCCAGGAACCCCUAUGUGCAAAUCUACUUCCUGCCUGACAGAAUUGAGAAGAGCAAGCGCAGAACAAAGAUGGUGAAGAAGUCGGUGGAACCUCGGUGGAACCAGACCUACAUGUACGCUCCGGUCCACCGGCAUGAGUUCAGAGACCGGAUGUUGGAGCUAACGGUAUGGGAUCAGGCCCGAGUUCAGGAGGAGGAGAACCAGUUCCUGGGAGAGGUCCUCAUAGACCUGGACUCUGCUCUGUUAGACGAUCAGCCUCAUUGGUACAAACUGCAGCUCCAUGGUAUUUGCUCCCCCUACCUGCAGAGGAGAGGACUGCAGCCUGGAGAGACUGCACCCAGCAGGAGGCUGCAGAGCAAAGGUAUUUACUAUAACUCAGCAGGGUCUCAGAGGAUCAGUGAUGGUGAGUUUUCAGAUUACGACGGUGAAGACGGCAUCGGGGUGAUAUCAGAUUACAGGCUGAAUGGACGGGACUCCGCCCUCUCAGUGCCGGACCGAGACAUGUCGUCUAAUCACUUGUCUCGAUCCGAUGUGGUUCGGAUCAGAUCACGGUCGCCCAGCCAAACACCUCCUCUCAGCGGUACCCCUCUGUACCCGUUGUACCGGGAGGACGCUGUUCGGUUGCUGCGAGGCUCCAAACUGAGCCGUGCUUAUUCUGAUGCUGGCCAGUACAGCAGCCUGGAAAGGUAACUAUGGCAAGCACCUGG